AUGAAGCGGCGCAAUGCGGACUGCAGCAAACUCCGACGGCCGUUAAAACGGAACCGAAUCACCGAGGGAAUAUACGGCAGGUAUAUGAAGCCUAGCGAUGGGUUCUCACGUCCAUAAGGGGGGUUGUAAGACUCCCUCAUUGCAGGGCUGGGUUGUCAGCAAGUAUCUAGUUACUGUGUCUCUCCUAAUGUAAAAUGUCACACUGACAUUCAAGUGAAAUUGGCUAGCUACUAUAUUUGUGGACAGAAUAGCUAAACGGAGAGGUAUAAAUUAUUUGAUGUAAUGUUAGGCUACUAGCCAUUGAUAGGCCCCAAGAAAUAGCUUGGGGCUGUCUUUAACACACCUGCUUCAAUUAGGCAUCUCGAUUAACUGUAUUUAUCCCAUAUUGUUGUCUUAAGUAGCUAGCUAGCUAGAACUGGAGGCAGCAGCGUUAGCUAGCUAAGUUCACCCUACGAAGAUAGGCUACUAGCUGCUGGGGUAUGGAACAGUUAUACCAAUUUCAGACAAAGCUGUUGAAUGUUACCAGUAAAAAAAAAAGGCAAUGUUGAGGACCCCUUUCAAACAGCCCCUUAUUUACCACUUAUUUGCAGGUAUAACCCUUUCAUACAUCAGUGGGUAACUGGUAAAUUGGGAAGGGUGGUGGGUGUUAAAUCAUGGGGGCUGUUGGCGGACUAAACUCCACGGUGAAGGAAGUUUGAACUUCAACUGAGUGGAGCAGAGACCAGGCUUUGUGGAAUCUAGCUCCGAUUGGAUCGAUUCGCCCAAGGUCAAUCAAUACUUAUAAAUACUUAAAAUAUAAAUCAUGAAACGGUCACCUAUGUUUGCGUGCCUUUGUUUGCUGAAAUCAAGAAUUUUUCAAUAAACGUUAAUCAAAUACAACCACCAACUUUUUUUGCUCGUUUCUGUUUCUCGAAGAUGGCAACUCAGCGCUAAUGCUCAUGGAUGACCAAAUCAAAAUCUAUUUGUCACAUGCGCCGAAUACAACAGGUGUAGUAGACCUUGCCGUGAAAUGCUUACUUACAAGCCCUUAACCAACAAUGCAGUUAAGAAAAUAAUUCUGAAAUAAACUAAAGUAAAAAAAAAAACCCAACGAGGCUAUAUACAGGGGGUAGGGGUAAAGUGACUAUGCAUAGAUAAUAAACAGCGAGUAGCAGCAGUGUGUGAAAAAAAUAAUAAUGGGGGGGUCAAUGCAAAUAGUCCGGGUAGCCAUUUGAUUAAUAGUUCAGCAGUCUUAUGGCUUGGGGGUAGAAGCUGUUAAGGAGCCUUUUGGACCUAGACCUGGCGCUCCGGUGACGUUUGUAAAUGAAACCUAGGCUAUAAAAUGAUUGUAAUAUGAAGAGAAAAGAUUUCUCUCUCAGCAUCUCUGGACAAAUAGUCAAGUGAAAGUUAUGCGCAAAAUGUAGUGUUUACUGGCACCUGUAAUGAUCUGUGAUACUUGAUUGGUUGACACACCAUCUGUAGAUUGUUCAAUCAAAUCACACAGUGAUAAUUUGGAGACCUAGGCCGACGUCAUGUUUGAGAAACAGAAACGAGCAAAAAGUCGGUAGUUGUAUUUGAUUAACGUUUAUUGGAGAAAAAAAUAUGGAUUUCAGCAAACAAAGGCACGCAACUACAGAGGACAAACAUGGGUACAAGGUCGGCGUUUUCAUGAUUUAAAUUUUUUGAAGUAUUGACCUUGGGCGAAUCGACGUAAUCAGAGCUAGAUUCCACCAAGCCUGGUCUCUGCUCCACUCGGUUGGUGAAGUUCAUCAUAAACUUCCUUCACCGUGGAGUUUAGUCCGCUAGGGGGCUGUUUGCAGUUCAAAUUAGGGAGGUGUCAAACUCAUUCCACGUAGGGCUGAGUGUCUUCUGGUUUUCACUCCACCCUUGUACUUGAUUGAUGAAUUAAGGUCGCUAAUUAGUAAGGAACUCCCCUCACCUGGUUGUCUAGGUCUUAAUUGAAAGGAAAAAACUAAAACCCGCAGACACUCGGCCCUCCGUGGAAUGAGUUUGACACCCCUGUUAAACAAUGGAAGUGUUCAUUAAUUUUCCUACAAAAAAAGCAGAGAACCAUUCACGCAGACCUGAUACCUGUAUUUUAGUUACAGGGUCUGUGAAAAUGCAGGAAUCAUGACUAGGACUUUAGGUGGCUUUUAUUUUUCCAUGUUUUACCCCCUACCCCUUUCAGAUAUACGAAAAAGCAGGUAUAAAAUGCAGGCAUUGUAAAUUAGUGUGAUUUUGGUCUGCACAUGAAGGGGAUAUUAGUAGCAGUAAACCACCCCUUUUUGCAGCUUAUUUGCCAACAUUGCACCCUAUCAUCAUUCAGAUAACUAAACACAUUUAAUUCAGCCAGCAGAAAUGUCAAUGUGCAUUAACUGUUCUAGAUGUUUUGUAGGCUGCGCCGGAGAAGAUGGCUGCCGUUUUACAGCCCUCUAACCAAUUGUACUAUUAUGUGUGUUUUUCCGCGUUAUUUGUAAUUUAUUUUGUACAUAAUGUUUCUGCCAUCUUCUCUUAUAACCAAAAAGAGCUUCUGGAUAUCAGGACAGCGAUUACUCACCUCGUAUUGGACGAAGAUUUUUUCUUCAACGAGGCGGCCGCGAAGGAUAUCAUACAGACACCCGACAAGGCCCAAAUCCCCGUCAUUCGCGUGAGGAAGAGACGGAGAUAUCGUGGACGGAGAUCGGGGUGCCUUGUAAGGAUCCGACUGCGAGCGAGUAAACUGCCUCUUCCAUCAAUCCUAUUAGCCAACGUUCAAUCUUUUGAAAAUAAAGUGGACGACUUAAGAUUACGGUUAUCCUACCAACGGGACAUUAAAAACUGUAAUAUAUUAUGUUUCACCGAGUCGUGGCUGAACGACGACAAUGAUAACAUUCAGCUAGCAGGCUAUACGCUACAUCGGCAGGACAGAACGGCUGACUCCGGUAAGACAAGGGGUGGCAGUCUGUGUAUAUUUGUAAACAAUAGCUGGUGCACAAAAUCAAAUACUAAGGAAGUCUCGAGGUUUUGCUCGCCUGAGGUAGAGUAUCUUAUGAUAAGCUGUAGACCACACUAUUUACCAAGAGAGUUUUCAUCUAUAUUUUUCAUAGCUGUCUAUUUACCACCACAAACCAAUGCUGGCAUUAAGAUUGCACUGAAUGAGUUGUACAAGGCCAUUAAUCAACAGGAAAACGCUCAUCCAGAUGCAGCGCUCCUAGUGGCCGGGGACUUUAAUGCAGGGAAACUUAAAUCUGUUCUACCUAAUUUCUACCAGCAUGUUAAAUGUGCAACCAGAGGGAAAAAAACUCUAGACCACCUUUACUCCACACACAGAGACGCAUACAAAGCUCUCCCUCGCCCUCCAUUUGGCAAAUCUGACCAUAACUCUAUCCUCCUGAUUCCUGCUUAUAAGCAAAAACUAAAGCAGGAAGCACCAGUGACUCGGUUAAUAAAAAAGUGGUCAGAUGACGCAGAUGCUAAGCUACAGGACUGUUUUGCUAGCACAGACUGGAACAUGUUCCGGGAUUCUUCAGACAGCAUUGAGGAGUACACCACAUCAGUCACUGGCUUCAUCAAUAAGUGCAUCGAUGAUGUCGUCCCCACAGUGACCGUACGUACAUACCCCAACCAGAAGCCAUGGAUUACAGGAAACAUCCGCACUGAGCUAAAGGGUAGAGCUGCCGCUUUCAAGGAACGGGACUCUAACCCGGACGCUUAUAAGAAAUCCCGCUAUGACCUCCGACGAACCAUCAAACAGGCAAAGAGUCAAUACAGGUCUAAGAUUGAAUCGUACUACACUGGCUCUGACGCUCGUCGGAUGUGGCAGGGCUUGAAAACUAUUACAGACUACAAAGGGAAGCACAGCCGCGAGCUGCCCAGUGACACAAGCCUACCAGAUGAGCUAAACCACUUCUAUGCUCGCUUCGAGGCAAGCAACACUGAAGCAUGCAUGAGAGCACCAGCUGUUCCGGAUGACUAUGUGAUCACGCUCUCCGUAGCCGAUGUGAGUAAGACUUUUAAGCAGGUCAACAUUCACAAGGCCGCAGGGCCAGACGGAUUACCAGGACGUGUACUCCGAGCAUGUGCUGACCAACUGGCAAGUGUCUUCACUGACAUUUUCAACAUGUCCCUGACUGAGUCUGUAAUACCAACAUGUUUCAAGCAGACCACCAUAGUCCCCGUGCCCAAGGACUCUAAGAUAACCUGCCUAAAUGACUACCGACCCGUAGCACUGACGUCUGUAGCCAUGAAGUGCUUUGAAAGGCUGGUCAUGGCUCACAUCAACAGCAUUAUCCCAGAAACCCUAGACCCACUCCAAUUUGCAUACCGCCCCAACAGAUCCACAGAUGAUGCAAUCUCUAUUGCACUCCACACUGCCCUUUCCCACCUGGACAAGAGGAACACCUACGUGAGAAUGCUAUUCAUUGACUACAGCUCAGCAUUCAACACCAUAGUGCCCUCUAAGCUCAUCACUAAGCUAAGGACCCUGGGACUAAACACCUCCCUCUGCAACUGGAUCCUGGACUUCCUGACGGGCCGCCCCCAGGUGGUAAGGGUAGGUAACAACACAUCUGCCACACUGAUCCUCAACACGGGGGCCCCUCAGGGGUGCGUGCUCAGUCCCCUCCUGUACUCUCUGUUCACCCAUGACUGCAUGGCCAGGCACGACUCCAACACCAUCAUUAAGUUUGCCGACGACACAACAGUGGUAGGCCUGAUCACCGACAACGAUGAGACAGCCUAUAGGGAGGAGGUCAGAGAUCUGGCCGUGUGGUGCCAGGACAACAACCUCUCCCUCAACGUGACCAAGACAAAGGAGAUGAUUGUGGACUACAGGAAAAAAAAGAGGACUGAGCACGCCCCCAUUCUCAUCGACGGGGCUGUAGUGGAACAGGUUGAGAGCUUCAAGUUCCUUGGUGUCCACAUCACCAACGAACUAUCAUGGUCCAAACACACCAAGACAGUCGUGAAGAGGGCACGACAAAGCCUAUUCCCCCUCAGGAGACUAAAAAGAUUUGGCAUGGGUCCUCAGAUCCUCAAAAAAUUCUACAGCUGCACCAUCGAGAGCAUCCUGACUGGUUGCAUCACCGCCUGGUAUGGCAACUGCUUGGCCUCCGACCGCAAGGCACUACAGAGGGUAGUGCGUACGGCCCAGUACAUCACUGGGGCAAAGCUUCCUGCCAUCCAGGACCUCUAUACCAGGCUGUGUCAGAGGAAGGCCCUCAAAAUUGUCAAAGACUCCAGCCACCCUAGUCAUAGACUGUUCUCUCUGCUACCGCACGGCAAGCGGUACCGGAGUGCCAAGUCUAGGUCCAAAAGACUUCUCAACAGCUUCUACCCCCAAGCCAUAAGACUCCUGAACAGCUAAUCAUGGCUACCCGGACUAUUUGCACUGCCCCCCCACCCCAUCCUUUUUACGCUGCUGCUACUCUGUUAAGUAUUUAUGCAUAGUCACUUUAACUCUACCCACAUGUACAUAUUACCUCAACUAGCCAGUGCCCCCGCACAUUGACUCUGCAACGGUAUCCCUCCUGUAUAUAUAGCCUCCCUACUGUCACUUUAUUUUACUUCUGCUCUUUUUUUUCUCAACACUUUUAUUUUGUUUUAUUUUUACUUUUUUUGUUUAAAAUAAAUGCACUGUUGGUUAAGGGCUGUAAGUAAGCAUUUCACUGUAAUGUCUGCACCUGUUGUAUUCGGCGCAUGUGACCAAUAAAAUUUGAUUUGAUUUGAAAUUAAAAGUAACCGCAGAAGUGCAUCAUGGCCAUGUGCAUAAACGGUAGGUCUAUAUUCACAAUUACAUUAAACAGUAAAAAAAAAAAAAAAAAGCAACAUGAAAAUAUUUAGAGUCUGAUCUAGAGAAUGAUUAGCCCAUUGGGGUAAAUAAUGUAGAUGAGCAACCCCAUGCUUCAGCCAUGUAGCCAGUCUAGCCAAAAUGCUGUAUCAGGCUACAGGUGAUGAUGCUUUUUGCUAAAAUAGCACACAUGCAUACAAUAUGCACCAUGUACAGGACCUAAACAUUUAACUUUUCAUGAAUAUGUUAUUGGGCUUGUUUCUGGAGGGGAACAUUACAUUUUAAACGGUUUCAUAUGUUAAGGCUAUAUGUCAUCAUGGGGGGGGGGGGUGGUUUUAUAAAAAAAUUCCAAACUAAAAUCAGUUUAAAUAUCAGAUUGAAUGGUUGGCCAUAGGCUAUAAGGUACUUUCCCAGACUGCAAAUGAAACAUGAAAUCACAUGAUUGAAAUUCUGCAUGCAUAACUUGCUUUCCUGUGAUCUUGGCCCGGGCCAGUUAUUUUCUCAUUCGGGCCAGUAGUUUUCACUUUGUACUCAGCUGGUGCCACAGGCAAAUUUACCUGAAUGUCAAGCCAUGAACACUAACUGUAUAAAGGUGUGUAGUAAUUGCUGAUAUGAAAGAUCUAUCAUACUAUCCAGGUCUGUGCCCAAACAGUUUGAGCUUCUACUUCUAAAAAUCCACCUUUCCAGAAAUAAGUCUCUCACUGUUGCUGCUUGCUACAGACCCCCCUCAGCCCCCAGCUGUGCCCUGGACACCAUAUGUGAAUUGAUUGCCCCCCCAUUUAUCCUCAGAGUUCGUACUGCUUGGUGACCUAAAUUGGGAUAUGCUUAAUACCCCGGCCAUCCUACAAUCCAAACUAGAUGCCCUCAACCUCACGCAAAUUAUCAACGAACCUACCAGGUACAACCCUAAAUCCGUAAACAUGGGUACCCUCAUAGAUAUCAUCCUGACUAACAUACCCUCUAAAUACACCUCAGCUGUCUUCAACCAGGAUCUCAGCGAUCACUGCCUUAUUGCCUGCGUCCGUAACGGGUCCGCGGUCAAACGACCACCCCUCAUCACUGUCAAACGCUCCCUAAAACACUUUAGCGAGCAGGCCUUCCUAAUUGACUUGGCCCAGGUAUCCUGGAUGGAUAUAGAUCUCAUUCCGUCAGUAGAGGAUGCCUGGUUGUUCCUUAAAAGUAAUUUCCUCUCAAUCUUAAAUAAACAUGCCCCAUUCAAAAAAUACAGAACUAAGAACCGAUAUAGCCCCUGGUUCUCCUCAGACUUGACUGCCCUUGACCAGCACAAAAACAUCCUGUGGCGUACUGCAUUAGCAUCAAAUAGCCCCUGCGAUAUGCAACUUUUCAGGGAAGUUAGGAACCAAUAUACACAAGCAGUCAGGAAAGCAAAGGCUAACUUUUUCAAACAGAAAUUUGCAUCCUGUAGCACUAACUCCAAAACGUUUUGGGACACUGUAAAGUCCAUGGAGAAUAAGAGCACUUCCUCCCAGUUGCCCACUGCACUGAGGCUAGGAAACACUAUCACCACCGAUAAAUCUACAAUAAUCGAGAAUUUCAACAAGCAUUUUGCUACAGCUGGCCAUGCUUUCCAUCUGGCUACCACUACCCCGGCCACCAACUCUGCACCCUCCGCUGCAACUUGCCCAUGCCCCCCCCGCUUCUCCUUCACACAAAUUCAGACAGCUGAUGUUUUGAAAGCGCUGCAAAAUCUGGACCCCUACAAAUCAGCUGGGCUAGACAAUCUGGACCCUUUCUUUCUAAAACUAGCCGCCGAAAUUGUCGCAACCCCUAUUACUAGUCUGUUCAACCUCUCUUUCAUAACGUCUGAGAUCCCCAGAGAUUGGAAAGCUGCCGCGGUCAUCCCCCUCUUCAAAGGGGGUGACACUCUAGAUCCAAACUGCUACAGACCUAUAUCCAUCCUGCCCUGCCUUUCGAAAGUAUUUGAAAGCCAAGUUAACAAACAGAUCACCGACCAUUUCGAAUACCACCGUACCUUCUCCGCUAUGCAAUCCGGUUUCCGAGCUGGUCAUGGGUGCACUUCAGCCACGCUCAAGGUCCUAAACGAUAUUAUAACCGCGAUUGAUAAUAGACAGUACUGUGCAGCCGUCUUCAUCGACCUGGCCAAGGCUUUCGACUCUGUCAACCACCGCAUUCUUAUUGGCAGACUAAAUAGCCUUGGUUUCUCAAAUGACUGCCUCGCCUGGUUCACCAACUACUUCUCAGAUAGAGUUCAGUGUGUCAAAUCGGAGGGCCUGUUGUCUGGACCUAUGGCAGUCUCUAUGGGGGUGCCACAGGGUUCAAUUCUUGGGCCGACACUUUUCUCCGUGUAUAUCAAUGAUGUCGCUCUUGCUGCUGGUGACUCUCAGAUCCACCUCUACGCAGACGACACCAUUUUGUAUACAUACAUGAAAUUAGCCCACCCAACUACCUCAUCCCUAUAUUGUUAUUUAUUUUGCUCUUUUGCACCCCAGUAUCUCUAUUUGCACAUAAUCUCUUGCACAUCUAGCAUUCCAGUGUUAAUACUAUUGUAAUUAUUUUUGCACUAUAGCCUAUUUAUUGCCUUACCUCCAUAACUUGCUACAUUUGCACACACUGUAUAUAUAUUUUCUGUUGUAUUUUUGACUUUGUUUUUUUACCCCAUAUGUAACUCUGUGUUGUUUUUAUUGCACUGCUUUGCUUUAUCUUGGCCAGGUCGCAGUUGUAAAUGAGAACCUGUUCUCAACUGGCUUACCUGGUUAAAUAAAGGUGAAAUAAAAAAUAAAUAAAUAAAUUUCAUUAUGUUUCCGAAACCGUACCGCAAUCGCUGUGUCUUAACGUUCAGAAUGUGUGUCGGGGCUCUUAACAAAACUCCCCCGGCCAGAAAAUACUAUCGUCAGUAGGCGCUUAAGGUAGUUGGCAUCUAGGAAUAGGUUAGAGGUGGAGUAGCUAAUCCUUUAGUUUUUGAUCAGGUGCUUUUUAGAGCCCACACCUUUACACAAUCCAGUCUUAUUGAAAAAUGGUUUUGAUGUUGGACACACAAAUUCAUGAAUGUCUCUUCUCUCGGUCUCUCCUAUCCAGUACCUUCCUGUACCUGAAGUUCCUUGUGGUGUGGGUACUGGUGCUGCUGGCAGACUUUGUGCUCGAGUUCAGAUUUGAGUACCUGUGGCCUUUCUGGCUCUUCAUCAGAAGUGUGUACGACUCCUUCAGAUACCAGGGGCUGGUGAGUGUCUGUCUGGCUGUCUCCUGGGUUGGCCUGACUGAUCUGUGGUCUAAAGAGCAGGCCUGUGGAGCUUCUGUGAACAACAUCUAGCCUAAGCCCUUCUCUAGUGCUGCCUUGUUUUCAAAAUAUUUACAUAAUAUUUCACCCCCCCCCAAAUCAGUGUUUUCCACAAGUACAUGGUCUCUCCCUCUGUGUAAAGAAAUUUGACUGCAACCACAGAGUACACAACACACACAUGCCCAGGUACCAGGAGGCGGGACAGACAGCAGACUGUCAAAUCAGCAGUAUUUCCCUGUCAUCGCUCACUUUGACUGACAGGCGCCUGUCCAAUCAAUAGAUCACUAGAAGAUGCAUGUUUUUCAUUCUAGCGAGAGGGCUCGGCUGACUUUUUUUCGGACUUGCGAACUGUAAAAAAAAGUAGCGUAGUCAAUUUAAGUGGAGGCUUUGAUGUCUUUUGCAAAUGUUUUGUAUUUAACUUGUGAUUAAUCAUCAAGCAAUAAAUGUUGAUGUGGAUAAUGUGACCCACAUCUCUCUAAUUGUUGGUAGCAAUGUGUUUUUUUUGUGUUUUGGCAGAUCUCCUACUUACCCCCCUCACAUCUCCUCUCUUCCAGGCAUUCUCAGUGUUCUUUGUGUGUGUGGCGUUCACCUCUGACAUCAUAUGCCUGCUCUUCAUCCCAGUACAAUGGCUGUUCUUCGCUGCCAGUACCUACGUGUGGGUGCAGUACGUGUGGCACACAGGUAAGCCCUCCUACUCACCUGCCUUUUUUAAUGAGGGGAAACACCUUAACGAUUACGGUGAAUUAGUGUGUGGGUAUAAAGACUAUGAUCACUGUAUUGCACUAUUUAAGCCUAGCUGUAAAGAAAUGGAACUAGUGACAGGAGGGUCACAGGAUCAAAUCUCACAAUACUAUUUCUUUGGAGUGAGGCACCAGCAUUAGUAUACACGGAGCACAUACAGUGCAUUCGGAAAGUAUUCAGACCCCUUCCCUUUUUCCACAUUUUGUUAUGUUAUGGCUUUACUCUAACAUUUUAUUAAAUACAUGAUUUUCCUCAACCUACACACAAUACCCCAUAAUGACAAAGCAAAAUAUGUUUUUUAGAAAUGUUUGCAAAUGUAUUAAAAACAGAAAUACCUUAUUUACAUAAGUAUUCAGAAUCUUUGCUAUGAGACUCGAAUUUGAGCUCAGGUGAAUCCUGUUUCCAUUGAUCAUCCUUGAGAUGUUUCUACAACUUGAUUGGAGUCCACCUGUGAUAAAUUAAAUUGGACAUGAUUUGGAAAGGCACACACCUGUCUAUAUAAGGUCCCACAGUUGACAGUGCAUGUCUAAGCAAAAACCAAGCCAUGAGGUUGAAGAAAUUGUCCCUAGAGCUCCGAGACAGAAUUGUGUCGAAGUACAGAUCUGGGGAAGGGUACCAAAAAAAUGUCUGCAGCAUUGAAGGUCCCCAAGAACACAGUGGUCUACAUCAUUCUUAAAUGGAAGACGUUUGGAACCACCAAGACCCUUUCUAGAGGUGGCCGCCCAGCCAAACUGAGCAAUCGGGGGAGAAGGGCCCUGGUCAGGGAGGUGACCAAGAACCCGAUGGUCACUCUGACAGAGCUCCAGAGUUCCUCUGUGGAGAUGGGAGAACAUUCCAGAAGGACAACCAUCUCUACAGCUCUCAACCAAUCAGGUCUUUAUGGUAGAGUGGCCAGACCGAAGCCACUCCUCAGUAAAAGGCACAUGACAGCCCGCUUGGAGUUUGCCAAAAGGCACCUAAAGGACUCUCAGACCAUGAGAAACCAAGAUUGAACUCUUUGGCCUGAAUGCCAGGCGUCACAUCUGGAGGAAACCUGGCACCAUCCCUACGGUGAAGCAUGGUGGUGGCAGUAUCAUGCUGUGGGGAUGUUUUUCAGCGGCAGGGACUGGGAGAUUAGUCAGAAUUGAGGGAAAGAUUAACGGAGCAAAGUACAGAGAUCCUUGAUUAAAACCUGCUCCAGAGUGCUCAGGACCUCAGACUGGGGCAAAGGUUCACCUUCCAACAGGACAACAACCCUAAGCACACAGCCAAGACAACACAGGAGUGGCUUCGGGACAAGUCUCUUAAUGUCCUUGAGUGACCCAGCCAGAGCCCGGACUUGAAUCCGAUCGAACAUCUCUGGAGAGACCUGAAAAUAGCUGUGAAGUGACGCUCCCCAUCCAACCUGACAGAGCAUGAGAGGAUCUGCAGAGAAGAAUGGGAGAAACUCUCCAAAUACAGGUGUGCCAAGCUUGUAGCAUCAUACCCAAGAAGACUUGAGGCUGUAAUCGCUGCCGAAGGUGCUUCAACAAAGUUCUGAGUAAAGGGUCUGAAUAGUUAUGUAAAUGUGAUAUUUCAGUUUUUAUUGAAUUAUAUAAAUGUGCAAAACAUGUAAACUGUUUUUGCUUUGUCAUUAUGGGGUAUUGUGUGUAGAUUGAUGAGGAAAAUACAAAUUUAAUCAAUUUUAGAAUAAGGCUGUAACGUAACAUUUGGGAAAAAGUCUAGGGGUCUGAAUACUUUCCGAAUGUACUCAACUGGAGUUACCUACAUUGACAAGCUAGAUUAUUCAAUUUUUUUUUAUAUUGUCCAAAAAUAAUAUUGCGAUUGUUACGGCCUUUGGUUUUUCCAUUUAUAUUUCGAGGUUGCACGUUGGGCACACCGAUUUGGUUUCACCUCGUUAUGCAGUAUGUUUUACACCUGUGCUGGCUUGUCAUCUCUUUAGUCAGAAGGCGUUUCACCUGUGUUGGCACAGGGGAUAUUUAAGAGUGGCUGGCACAGUCUUCUAGUUGUCUUGAGAUGUGGAGGGUCAACACCUUUGGUUGGUGCGCCCUAUUUUAUCUGAUCGUCCCUGUUUUCAUUUUUGCUCCACGUUUUGGUUUGCUUCCUGUCUUUAAGUUUGGUGUGGGCUUUUCUUUUGUUUGCCUCUUUCUUGGGCAAAUUUAGUGGGCGCUCAUGGUGGGUGUCGUGGGUCCCAGUUGUUGUUGCUAGUCAACUUUCAGUGGACAUCCCCAUGAGUGUCUUUCAGAACCCCUCGUAGAACCCCACCUGUUUUGUUUUGGUUGUCAGUGACUCUGUUAGUUCCCCCUUCUGUUUGAGCGGCAACUUUUGGUUUUCUUGCUGGGGAACGUAACAGCGAUAUGUAACAAUCACUAUUGAAAAGCUGUCCUUUUGUGGUUGUGUGUCUCACUUCGUCACUCAAACGCUGAUCUACUCUGCUGCUGUUGUGAUGCUUGUUCUUUGUCUGGUGAGGGAUGCUGCUGUACUGACCACAGUGUAAGCCCCUGGUUUCAUGUUCAGAGGAAGUAAAUCUGCAUGUAUCAUUUUUCAUGUAGAUGUGUGGUUAUGACCAGUAGUCUUUCCUGUUCUAAUACAUCUCUUUUGCUUCCACAGAGAGAGGGGUCUGUCUCCCCACAGUGUCUCUUUGGAUACUCUUUGUGUACAUAGAGGCAGCCAUCAGAUUCAAAGACCUGAAGAACUUCCAUGUCGACUUGUGUCGCCCAUUCGCUGCACAUUGGUAAGAUUAAGUCAAGUGUUUUGUCCAAGCCCUGGCAGGUCUUUGUCUAGGCUACAUGUGUGGAUCUGUGAGGAAGAUGGGCUAAGAUUCCGUAGGGGAGUGUUCUGCCUCAUUUGACUCUCAGAAAACAAUAUUAUUUCAGCUUGUUAGGCAUAAUAUACAAAUAAUGAUGCCUGGAUAUCCCCUAUGCUCAGACUCCACUUUCCACAAAGAGAAAAAGACUGCAUGCUGGUUUCAUUCAGUCUGUAUUACUAUUAAAAAGCAUACAUAUUCUAAGAUGGUUUAAGGAAUAUUUCUGCCCCAGAUCUGUAAGGUCAUACACCACUGUUGGGUUGAAAAUACCUACGUUUAUAAUCUAAGUACUCUUUAAGACCUUUGUGUGGAUUUAGAGUUUAGCCUGUAUUAUGUGCUGUAAUUGAGCUGUUUUGUAGUAAUGCAGGAUAUUAGGGCAAGUCAUUCCUCCAGCUUUACUUUCUGGAGUGAUAUUUAUCUCAAGGCUUUUUUUCAUAGCACCUAUGCUUCUCAACUUGUGAACCAGUUUGUCUUGUGAUGCGUAAGGCAGGAUGAGUUGUCUGAACUUUGGUCUCUCUCCAUAUGUCUGUAGCAUUGGCUACCCAAUGGUGACGCUGGGCUUUGGAUUCAAGAGCUAUGUCAGCUAUAAGAUGCGCUUAAGAAGGCAGAAAGAGGUGCAGAAGGAGAAUGAGUUCUACAUGCAGCUCCUGCAGCAGGCCCUGCCCCCAGAGCAACAGAUGCUCCAGAGACAGGAAAGGGAGGCAGAGGAAGGUGAGAGACGCACACAACCGACGCUCCAGACACAGUCCAAGUGAAGGUGGUCAAAUAUGCAUUUAAUCUCACUCUUUCAUUCUUUCCUUUCUUACUUCCACCCUCCAUUCAGCUGCAGUAGCUAAAGGGAUAUCUGUGAUGGACUCCACCCCAGUCUCACAGAAUGGCGCCCCUGCCAGUAAAAAGACGGCAGCUUCGCUCCUGGAGCUGGAGUACAGAGAGAAAGGGAAAGAGGGCCGCGAGGCCAAAAAGCAACACAACAGCAUCCUGCCGUCAUCGGUAGACUCUAAACUCCAGGAGAUGGAGUACAUGGAGAACCAUAUGAACAAUAAUAGACUUACCACAGAGCUGGUGGACAGUACAGAGAACCUGAUGCUAAAGGAGGAGAACUCUUCCUCCUGCUCAUCGUCCUCGAAAAACUACAAGAACUCCAGCGGAAACGCGGCCGUCAACUCCUUGCCCUGCGGACACUGCGUCACCAACGGCAGCGUCCCAUCAUCAGCCCCUUCCUCCUUUUCAUGGGGGAAGAAGCAGAAGUGUGCAGCGGGGAAGGGUCCAGCAGUAGGCUCCCACAGGGACCCAACAGACAACUGCAUCCCCAACAAUCAGCUAAGCAAGCCUGAGGCACUCCUACGGUAAGAGGGUCUUUGUAUAAACUAGGUUACCAUUGAGGAUUUCCUACACUUGACGACUUGUUACAGCUGUUAAGCCAUUGAUGAUAUCAGCCAUUUUUUUCAUGUCAUUACAUUUAAGAUAUAACGGGGUGAUCAUAGCUAUAUUCAAUAAUUCACGAGUUGAUUUUAAAGUCUAUGUUUAACCCAUUCUCAUGGUUGGUGUCUUGACAGAUUUGUCCAAAAUCGUGUGACAUAAAACACACAUUUUCUGUCCUUGCAUUUAUGGCAGUGUAAGUUUUCGUUAUAUAUCAUAUAUUAAGCAUUAAUCAGUUAGUGCCUUCAGAAAGUAUUCACACACCUUGACGUUUUCCAAAUUUUUUUGUUAGCCUGAAUUUAAAAAUGGAUUAAAUUGAGAUUGUCACUGGCCUACACCGAAUACCCCAUAAUGUCAAAGUGGAAUUAUGUUUUUACCAAUUAAUAAUAAAAAGCAGAUGUCUUAAGCCAAUAAGUAUUCAACCCCUUUGUUAUUGCAAGCCUGAAUGGGUUCAGGAGUAAACAUUUGUUAACAAGUCACAUAAUAAGUUGCAUGGACUCUGUGAAAUAGUGUUUACCAUGAUUUUUGAAUGACUACUUCAUCUCUGUACCCCACUCAUUCAAUUAUCUGUAAGGUCGAGCAGUGAAUUUCAAACACUGCGAUUCAACUACAAAGACCAGGGAGGUUUUCCAAUGCCUCGCAAAGAAGGGCAUCUAUGUUUAUUUUUAAUUCACAAUCUGUAGAAGCAAUGAGAAUAGAAAGGUUCAGAACUUUUGUAAAACAUCACAGUACGGUUGAAAUAUAUAUGGCAAAUAGAAAUCCUAUAUGGAUGGUGUUAAGAGAUAGAUGGGAGGUAUUGAAUAGAGUUGAAGGAUGGGACUAAUAACAAAUAACAACAAAUAAUAACAAAGAUAUCUAAUAAUGUAAGCAUACUGUGUCCAUAAUAAGUAUAUAGGUUGUAUGUUGGGAGCUUUUGGGAAAGCGCACAGUUAGAAAGAUAUGGCAUAUAGGAGCAAACCGGAUUGGACAUCAUGAAAAUGAUCGGAAAGGUUGAGAGUAGAAGAAGUUCAGGAGCAAAAAAAUAAUAAAUAUAUAUAUAUAUAUAUAUAUAUAUAUAUAUAUAUAUAAUAUAAUAUAAUUAUUGUAAAAUUAACAUAAGGUGUAGAUAGUAAUUAUAGACCGGAAGUAGAGGCCUGGGCAUUGUUGUUCACUAAUUUACUCCAAGUAGGGAAAGGAUGGUGGGGUUGAAAAGUAAUAAAGGGGAGUGUGUGUAUAUAAAAAAAAAAAAAAAAAAAAAAAAACAUGGGGGAUUGGAAGUGACGCAGACAAUUACAUUGAUAGAAGAUACAAUCUAUCUGCAAUAUUAAGCUGAUCCAUUCCCCCCCCCCCAAAAAAAAAGUAACUACAAAGAUACAGGCGUCCUUCCUAACUCAGUUGCUGGAGAGGAAGGAAACCGCUCAGGGAUUUCACCAUGAGGCCAAUGGUGACUUUAAAACAGUUAGUUUAAUGGCUGUGAUAGGAGGAAACUGAGGAUGGCUCAACAUUUGAGUUACACCACAAUACUAACCCAAUUGACAGUGAAAAGAAGGAAGCCUGCACAGAAGUUUUUUUUCCUCCAAAACAUUCAUCCUGUUUGCAACAAGGCACUAAAGUAAUACUGCAAAAAAAAUUGGCUAAGCUAUCAAACUUUUUGUUCUGAAUACAAAGCGUUAUGUUUGGGGCAAAUACAACACAUUACUAAGUUCCACUCUCCUCUAUAUUUUGCUUUGUUUUUUAGGUUAUUGUCCUGCUGAAAGGUGAAUUUGCCUCCUAGUGUCUGUUGGAAAGCAGACUGAACCACGUUUUCCUCUAGGAUUUUGCCUGUGCUUAGCUCUAUUGUUUAUUUUUGUCCUAAACUCCCUAGUCCUGCCGAUGACAAGCAUACGCAUAACAUGAUGCAGCCACCACCAUGCUUGAAGAUAUGGAAUGGUAGUCGGUGAUGUGUUUUGGAAUAUUUUUUUUCUGUAAAGGUUAGUAUUGUGGAGUAACUACAAUGUUGGUCCAUCCUCAGUUUUCUCCUAUCACAGCCAUUUAACUCUUAACUGUUUUAAAGUCACCAUUGGCCUCAUGGUGAAAUCCCUGAGCAGUUUUCUUCCUCUCCAGCAACUGAGUUAGGAAAGAUGCCUGCAUCUUUGUAGUUGACUGGGUGUAUUGAUACACCAUCCAAAGUGUAAUGACUAACUUCACCAUGCUCAAAGGGAUAUUCAAUGUCUGCUUUUUUUUUUUACCCAUCUACGAAUAGGUGCCCCCCUUUGCGAGGCAUUGGAAAACCUCCCUUGUCUUUGUGGUUGAAUCUGUUUGAAAUUCACUGCUCGACUGAGGGACCUUACAGAUAAUUGAAUGAGUGGGGUACAGAGAUGAAGUAGUCAUUCAAAAAUCAUGGUAAACACUAUUAUUUCAGAGUCCAUGCAACUUAUUAUGUGACUUGUUAAGCAAAUGUUUACUCCUGAACCCAUUUAGGCUUGCCAUAGCAAAGGGGUUGAAUACUUAUUGACAAUUUUAAAUUCAGACUGUAACACAACAAAAUGUGGAAAAAGUCAAGGUGUAAUACUUUUUGAAGGCACUGUAUGCAUUUGCUGUUUGAGAUACUGUAGCAGCAGCUCUCGCGUUGUCUUCCAGAUUUUUCACUCAAAGGCUCUAUCUGUAUGCUGUACAUCUACAUUUUAGUCAUUUAGCAGACGCUCUUAUCCAGAGCGACUUACAGUUAGUGAAUGCAUAUUUAUUUUUAUUUUUUUAUACUGGCCCCCCGUGGGAAACGAACCCACAUCCCUGCCGGCCAAACCCUCACGUACCUUGGACGACGCUGGACCAAUUGUGCACCGCCCAUGGGUCUCCCGGUCGCAGCCGGCUGCGACAGAGCCUGGACUCGAACCAGGAUCUCUAGUGGCACAGCUAGCACUGCGAUGCAGUGCCUUAGACCACUGCGCCACUCGGGAGUCGUGUAUGAUAAAUAAGAUCCAUAACGAAUAUACUGUACACGUGCCAAUUUAAUUCAGUAAAUUAACCUAUAGACUGAUAAGCAUGACCAGUCAAAUGUAUUUCCAUCAAUGAAUAGGCUAAAAAGCAUUAUUUUUGCAAUGGGAUUUCUUCUUCUCCUGGACCAUUGGCAAUUUUAUUUAUCUGCUUUACAACCAAAAAAAAUAUCGGCUGGCUAUUACGGCUAACGGAAACCCUGAUGCACUCACAGAGCUGUGCUUGCUUGAGACUCCACACACACUCAGAAUCUAAGGAUAUGUAUUAGUGUUGUCAUGAUGAUAUCGCUACUACGAUAUCAGAUUUCCCUUGGCAAAAAAGGAAACACGAAGCAGAUUAAACUCUAUGGUCCUUUAAAACCGACUUUUCUAAAAUAUUGUGAGCUAUAGCUUGCAAAAUAAACAAAUGUGAUUCUGGGUGACAACAUAAGGCUGUUUUUUUUUUCUCCAACAUUUUCCUUGAAUUGCGUCUGCUUCAUGUUUUUGCUUCCUUGCUUCCUAGUAUUGCGCUACUGGUAUUGUGACAACAAUGUAUGAACAGGAGUAGCUCCUGCCUGGAUGUCAGUUCUCAUAUUUUCAGGCCAAAGUAUCAGUAACUUGCUGGUGCAUGAUUGCUGCAUGGGAUGCUUCCCUUUUAUCAGAUACCACAGUCCCUGACCUCAAACUGACCAUGCUGCAGACAGAUAGGCGUGAAGUAGAGCUGUUUCAGCUGUGAUGUCAUUGGGCUGGGGGGUGAGAAAGUUGGACUGUUAGAAUCUAUGGUUUGCCACAAAAUUAUGCUUUGCUGAAAAUGUGAACUUUGAGUAGUGAAUGUCUGACCCUUUUGGCUCUGUAGUUAUACCGCUGGGUGUGUGAUGGUGCUGGACAGACACAGUGGUGUGGGGGAGGAAGAUUGUCGAUGAAAUCAGCGGAAAGUCGAAUGAAUGUGUUUGUGGCAAGUUGUCAUGGUAACGUGUGGACUGCAUUUACCACACUCUCAAACUUUGGGCUUCCCUGCCUACAUUAUUUUGACAGUAGUAGGGCUGUGACGAUACCAGUAUUGCAAUAUUUUGCCAUGGAAACGCGAAGCAGACCUAACUCUUCGGGUCCUUUUAAAAACCUGCUGUGUAUAUAAAAUAUUGUGUUCUAUAGCUUGGAAACGUGACUGGAUGACAACAUGUUUGUUUCCAACAUUAGGGCCAUUUUCCUAAAGUAGUUAAAUCCACUUUGUGUUCCCUUUCCAUGAUACUAACGUAGCUCAGUUGGUAGAGCAUGGCGCUUGCAAUGCCAGGGUUGUGGGUUCGAUUCCCACGGGGGCCAGUAUGAAAAAUGUAUGCACUCACUAACUAAGUCGCUCUGGAUAAGAGCGUCUGCCAAAUGACUAAAAUGUAUCGCCAUACUGGUAUCGUCCUGGCCCUAGACAGUAGCCUAUAGGCUUAGUCUAAAUGUGUUUUUGCUGUAUACACUUUUGGCUGAUGGGUGUUUCUUAUUGGUUAAAGUGUUGCUUGUUGCAUUGAUUGUACACUCAAAGACAAAAGCUGUGUCUAGUAUGAAAGAAAAGUCAUUUUAAAGCUGAAAGAGGAGACUUUCCAUCAAAAUUCAGAACCACAGAUAAUUAAAUGGUUACAGCUUAUUCAACAAUUUGGAAUAUCAUGAAAAAUAAAACACUGGCCAAGGAAAACCAAUGACAAACACUAAAACAACUGUCAGUGAAAUGGCCAACAGCCAGAAAGGAGAAUCUGCCAUCAGCUGAAAUAAAACAGGCCAAAUACAAACCACUACGCAGCAGCACUCCGCAGAACAGAAAAGAGCUAAGUGGUACAAGGAUGGCCCUACUGAAACCAUCUUAUGAGCAGAUUAAACCAUUAUAAACCUUUGCCAAAGCCUGGAGAAAGGAACUGUGGAUGAUACAAACCUACUGUGUAUGCGCUAUGCAGAAACCGUAUCUUCAUCAAAUUGUUUCUCUCGCCCCCUCUCCUCCACUUCUUUCUCAUCCUCUUCAUCCCCUCUUCCUAAUGUUCUUUCCUUCCCCCCUCUACCCCUGCAGGCUGGAGCAGGAUGUGAAGAAGCUGAAGGCAGACCUGCAGGCCAGCAGACAGGUGGAGCAGGACCUGCGCAGUCAGAUCGGCUCCCUGGGCAGCGCUGAGCGCUCCAUCCGCUCUGAACUGGGCCAGCUGCGCCAGGAGAACGAGCUGCUGCAGAACAAGUGAGUGGCACAGGUUAAAGGUCAGGAAUUGACAACUGGAUCUGCUCACCUGCUGGGACUAGUGGGGCUAGCUUUGCCAAUAAUAAAGUUAGCUAGCUUGCUUAAUUUUGACGGUGUAAUUGACAUUUUCAACCAAAAGAUGACAUCCUUUUUUGACAGGUCAGUGGUGAAACAUCGCAACUCGGGUAACACAUUUUUCAGAGUUUCCAACUUGGUCAUUGAAGUGAAAUUUCCCACUACCGAUAGCAUGUGAGCGCCCCACGAGUCUUUCCUAGUCGGGUCAUGUAGUCAGGAAAAACUCAGGGGACCUAGUUCAGACCUAAAGGUUAUCACUGCUUGAAAACCCAGGACUGAGCUUGGACUGUCCAUGUCAAAAUGCUUUAGUUUAGGGACAAGAAGAGCUAGUCUGAAAUACAAAUAACUCUGGGUUAAAACAUUCUGGCGUGAGGACUGAAGUCAAAAACAAGUCAUUAUAGUGAAGGUUACAGAUGGGAUCCUGUCUGCUUCUCCUCUCAGUGCAGGCUUGUGAAAGCGUCAGUCUGGCAGGCUUCAUAUCACGGCAGCAGACUGGAGCAGAGAGGGCUGCUUUAAUUGGCCAAUUAAGUCAUCACUGACCAGCUGGGGACUCCUGGGUGUCCUUGGUAAGGAGCGUUACUUAAGACCACCCUAAUAUGGUAGUUAGCAUGUACAUACUGACACAAACUCAGCAGUUAUGGGCAGUUAAUUAUCUGAUGCAAUUAAAGGUAACAUGUAGGCCCUCCAAGCCUGCCCCUAAUGACCAGCUGAUUCCUAUUGCCUCAUCAGAGCCUGUUUCACUCAUUCAGUCUGUCGGUGGAGACUGGCUCUGUUGGCUAUGCUCAAAGCUAGGCAAAGGAUGCUAGGCUAAGGAUUAUGAAAGUGCAAAGAAAUUAGUGGACAGUUUACUUGGUUACCAAACUCAUCAGCCAUCCUGCCCUCUCACCAUCUCCACAUGGACAGACUCUGUUAACUUACACUCAUGAUGAACAUGACUACCUUUUAGCACUGUUAGCUUGCGUGCGCACACACUGGGGGUGGGAUGGAAUCUCACUGGCUGCUGGCUAACAUGGUGCUGAAUGGUCUGUGGCUGCUGUGUGUGUGCAGGCUCCAUAACGCAGUCCAGGCCAAGCAGAAGGACAAGCAGGCCGUGGGCCAGCUGGAAAAGAGGCUGAAGGUCGAGCAGGAGGCCCGCGCCAACGCAGAGAAACAGCUUGCAGAUGAGAAGAAACGCAAGAAACUGGAGGAGGCCACCGCAGCCAGAGCCGUCGCACUAGCAGCAGCAUCCAGGUAUAGGCUCCAGAGAUAUUCAGAAAUAUUUCAUAAAUGAUCUGCUAUUAGUGGAGUUCUCUCGGUCUGCUCCACAGGGGGGAGUGCACAGAUACACUGAGGAGGCGGAUCACGGAGCUGGAGACAGAGUGUAAGAAACUGACCAUGGACAUCAAGCUCAAAGAAGAUCAGAUCAGAGAGCUGGAGAUGAACGUGCAGGUGAGGUUCACUGUUCAGUUAAGAUGGGUAUGUUUUGAUGUCAAGAAAAUGUUUGGUUAAGGUAGCUAAAAUGUUAUGACUCUAGCCCAAUAUUAGCCCUCUAAUUAUUUAAUUAAUAAGACUAGGUCAAGGGCAUUCCAUAGCAACAGCGUGUGAUCUAUGUCCUUGUCCAAUGACUGUACCUGCCAGCAGCAUGUGUCCGGCAUCCGAAGCUACAUCCAUAAUCAGUAGAUGGUUCUGAUUGGAGAAUCGUUGUUUGCGUCGCCAAGCAAUAAACAAGACACUAUUACAUCCAGUUAGAUGCUACACCCCCUCCCCAAAUCAAAGUCUACAGUCAUUGGACCAUGACCCAUCUGACAUGCUGUCACUAUGGAUUUUUUAUUUAACUAGGCAAGUCUACACCGGCCAAACCCGAACGACGCUGGGCCAAUUGUGCGCCGCCCUAUGGGACUCCCAAUCAUGGCCGGUUGUGAUACAGCCUGGAAUCGAACCAGGGGGUCUGUAGUGACGCCUCAAGCACUGAGAUGCAGUGCCUUAGACCGCUGCGCCACUCGGGAGCGGUCUAAGGCCCUUAGACUUAAUCUUAUUAAAUAAAUAUACUUAACAAAAAUAUAAAUGCAACAUCCCAGAAAUGUUCCAUGCACACAUAAAGCUUAUGUUUACAUCCCUGUUAGUAAGCAUUUCUCAUUUGACAAGAUAAUCCAUCCACCUGACAGGUGUGGCAUAUCAAUAAGUUGAUUAAACAGCAUGAUCAGGUGCAGCUUGUGCUGGGGACAAAAGGCUACCCUAAAAUGUGCAGAGAAUUGAAUGUUCUCUACCAUAAGCUACCUUGUUUUAGUUUGGCAGUACAUUCAACCGGCCUCACAACCGCAGAACACGUGAAACCACGCCAGCCCAGCACCUCCACAUCCGGCUUCUUCACCUGUGGAAUCAUCGGCGGGGGGGGGUGCGCUGAGGAGUAUUUCUGUCUGUAAUAAAGCCCUUUUCUGGGGAAAAACUCAUUCUGAUUUGGCUGGGCUUGGCUCCCCAGUGGGUAGGCCUAUACCCACCCAAGGCGGCGUCCCUGCCCAGUCAUGUGAAAUCCAUAGGUUAGGGCCUAAUGAAUUUAUUUCAAUUGCCUGAUUUCCUUCUAUGAACUGUAACUCGGUAAAAUAUUUUAAAUUGUUGCGUUUGAGAUUUUUUAGUGUAAUUAGAGGGCUAAUAUGACUCAUGCACACCUGCUGUACACUGGCACACAGACAAUGUCACUUAUAUUGAUGUGUUCUUUCCCUCUCUCAGGAGCUCCAGAAGUACAAGGAGAAUGAGAAGGACACAGAAGUGCUGAUGUCAGCGCUGUCGGCCAUGCAGGAAAAGACCCAGCACCUGGAGAACAGCCUGUCUGCAGAGACCCGCAUCAAACUGGACCUGUUUUCAGCACUGGGUGAUGCCAAGAGACAGCUGGAGAUUGCACAAGGUCAGUGUCUAGCCCCUCUGCAAUACUGCCUCAGUCACACCUAUUUCCUACCGAAUGUGAUUGAUGUAGAAUAGGUUGCAUGACAUUAUGAAGGUCUUAUCUGACAGUUUGUUGCUGUGUGUGUGUGUGUGUGUGUCUCAGGUCAGAACCUGCAGAAGGACCAGGAGAUCAAGGACCUGAAGCAGAAAAUAGCUGAGGUGAUGGCGGUCAUGCCCAGCAUCUCCUACACAGCUGACAGCAGCAACAUGACUCCCGUAGCCCCCCACUACUCCUCCAAGUUCAUGGACACAAGUCCCUCCGGCCUGGACCCAAAUGCCUCCAUCUACCAGCCACUCAAAAAGUGAAUGCUCCCUCCAAACCUCCAUUCUCUUUUUUUUCUCUUUCUUUUUUUCUUAAGCCGACCUCCAGAUCUGCUUGGA